AUGUUCGCUUUACUAUUUCUUCUUAGCAUCCUGAAAGAAUCCGAAUCGGGAGGACUUGCUCUUACUAAAUGCCUUGCAGCCCCUGCUCCUGCUGUUGCUCGACCUUCGCCACCUCCAAGUGCUUGCCAAGAUAAAGAUCCGAUCCUUUGCACGGCUGUCUUCGCUCCUUUGGCAAACGCUGAAGCAUUAUGUCCAUCAUCAUGCGCGGUGUGCUGUUUGACACCCGAAUUCAGCUGCGCUAACGUCCAAGGCGCUGACUGUUCCCCAUUUACUAUCAGUCCAGAUUUAUGCACAAAUCCGCUCACUUCCGCUACAGCAUUAGCAAAUUGUCCCAGUACUUGUGGAUUAUGCAAUCGACCUGGUGCUGGUGGUCGUUGUCCUGAUACUGAAACAAAUUGCGCAGGAUUAUUGCCUCUCUUAACGUGCCAAAAUGCAUACAUGCAGCAGAAUUGCAUGGGAACAUGCCGAAUCACAACUUGCUUAUCCACAACCGGAGCAGCUUCUGCAUGCUCGGAUAGUCGAGCCAAUUGUGCCGAGAUGGCAUCUUUGUGCAACACUCCACCGUAUUCAACAGUGAUGGCGGAGCAAUGCAGAAGAACUUGUCGCUUAUGCACAUAA